AUGCUGAAACUGCUGCUGUUGUUGCUGACCGUCGUCUCCCAAUUCCAAGCCAGGAGUCAGUACUGCCACGAUUGUCAGGUGAUCAUCAACCAAUGCAAGGGCUACUUCAAAAACGAUUUUCUGGCCGUCACCCAGAUCUCGCUCAUCGAGGAGCUCAACCGAUUGUGCGACCAGAAUUUUGCCGGUUAUGAUAAUCAGCAGUGCAAGUUGGUCGCCGGGGACAAGGCAACGCAGAUCUUGAACGAUCUUCGGCACGGAUCUUCCGCGCAAAAGACUUGUGCUCAUCUUCAAUUUUACUACUGCUUCGGCACCGAAUAUCGCCGUGGCAGUCAACAGCUCGUGGUCGACGACAUCCCGUACGCCGACAUGCUGGAAUUCAUGCGCUGCAUUUUCUACUGCCCCUACCGCAAACACCUAACCACGGCGAAUGUAGUCUCGGUGCUGCGGAUCGCGAAUCGCUUCGAGAUGCGCAUGGUGGUCGCCCGGUGCGAGGCGUUUGUCGAAAAUGCGGCCAAGAACCUCGACCAGAACAAGCUGUUGCAGGUGGCGCAAGCGGUCAAGGAAUGCGACCCAAACUCGACUACGAUGACGAUUCUGGUAGAUCGACUCGCUAGCCUCAGCGACAAGGACCUAUCGGCCAUGCAGUUCAACGACGUAUCCGGUGAUAUCGUUGCCAACGUCUUCACGCACCGACUCAACACCAAAGAAAAGGGGAAGAAGCGCUACUGCACCUUGAUUUCACUGACCUUCCUACGACCCACGGGUGCGGCGAUUCGAUCGAAGACGGGCCAGCCUCGAGGGCGACGGGAUCGACUGAAUGGCGAAAGUCAGGAAGUCGAAAAGCAAAGGGAACUCGCAGGCCAAGGAGGUGAAAGCCCCAAAAGGGGCAAAGGCACCAAAGAGUGCCGACAAAAACAAGCCGAAGGCCGAGGAGAGGCUGGGCAAGAAGCCGCCAAGGCAAAGGAUGGCGAUGCCGGCGAUCCGCGCAUCCUCAACAAGGAUUCGGUGGUGAAAGUAGAUCACGACAAGAUAGUAUGGAAGGAUGGGGACCAACAGGUCAAGCUCACCCUAACAAACGGCUCGAAGGAGAGAAGGGCGUUCAAGAUGCGCUGCUCGGACAACUCGUACUUUCGGAUAGAUCCCGUCUACGGGUACAUCGAGGCGAAGAAGACGGCCGUCAUCGUUAUCACACUUGCCAAGCCGCUCAACGUUUUGCAGAAGAUUAAGGUGGAGUCGAUGGCCGUGGGCGAUUCUGAAACCCGGGAUGCGCGUGAUGUCCUGAAGGAUGCUCCUGGCAACGCGAUGCAGUUCACGCACGUCGAGGUGUACCCGGUCGGCACACACUUACCCAGCAGCCCCUCGCCGUCGCCGUCGCCCGUGAACCGCAUCGCGAAGGACGUCUCUGGAAAA